UACCCUUUACAGUGCUAAACCCUCCGCAGCUGGUAUAGUCCAACAUACAGACUACUCUGCAACUGAUUUUCCACAGUCUCACUACAAGCAGACCAUCCCUGUUCAGGCUUCCAGUAGCACUCCAAACCAUUAUGGAUUUUCCGAAGUUUUAGCUUGUGACGGUAACCAACCAUAUCACACAGCCGCCUUGCAACCAAAUAUCCAAACUUCAGUUUCGACUUCACAUACAAUACUUUCACCCUUUACUGUUGCAGCUUCCAUGACUUCAGCUUCUUCCAUGCAAUCUACCAGAACUACCUCUGCAGCAGAUUCUAGUCGGUUGAAAUACUUGGAGACUACGCCAAUGGGUGUGUAUAAUAAUAUUCCAUUUUCUGAUCAACAUGAAUCGGUUCCUCAUUCCCUGCUAGUGAAACCAACACAACAGCCAACUUCUGACCCGCCCAUUGUGUUGGUUCAACCACAACAGCGUUCGCCUUUUUCAAAACUGUUCAAGUCAAAGGCAUCCUCUGUAACAAAUGCAAUCAGUGGGCCUACCCAGUAUAUCAACAGCCAACAGCAAUCGGCAACACAUGAACCUUGCGCUUUAUACCCUUUGAUGACUGCUCUUGAUUUGGAUCCCGAAGAAUGUCAGGAAUCCAUGUCAUCUAUAUCAGUAAAUGAGUCUACUACAUCUUCUCCUGCUUCAAAAACACUUUCUCGCAACACUAUCGCUAGAACUCGGUCGCGAUCAUCAAAGGCUGUUGAUGCAUCUCCGCUCCCCACACCCGAGCUGCCAGAAUCUCCCGAUCGAGUCGCUUCGCCUGUAUGUCUGGUGCCGUUUAUAGACAUUCGGCCCAUUUUAAGCAUUCCGAGUCUUUCUAUUCCCCGAGGAUCUCCAAUGGCCAUGAGAUGGACCAAACUGCAGCCAUUCGUUGUAUCCCCCACUCCUGCUUGCUCUCUGACUUAUUCUGAUGCUUCAUCCACGUUGACUCAAGGUCUGCAUCAACCCUCUCCAUCAGUGUCUACAAAAUCCACUCAUCCCUUACCGACACGGUCCCACACAGCGACACUUAUCAAUGAUGUCAUGUUUGUGUUUGGUGGAUGCAAUGACACAGAAUGUAGAGAUACGAUCAUGUCGUUUGAUCCGAGUACAAUGGAGUGGCAAGUGCGCUCUACAUUUGGGAAAAAACCUCUUGCAAGGCGAGCUCAUUCUGCUGCCUCGUAUAAAGACUUUUUAAUCAUAUUUGGAGGCGGAGAUGGCCCAACCUAUUUUGACGAUGUGGCGAUACUGGAUACCAGAACCUUUCAAUGGAUUCAUCCAUUAAUUAUUGGAUCGACACAGGGAAAAGGCUUGCAUAAUGAGCCAGUUCGUCCACGCACACGUCGUGCACAUGUGUCAUGGGUCUACAACGACUGCUUUUAUGUCUAUGGUGGUGGUGACGGUGCCCGUGCUUUGACGGACGUUUGGAGACUGAGUGGUCUAGCCAACUUGGACAAUGAAUCAAACACUGCUAGCAAAGGUGUGCCUACUGCUAGAGGAUACCAUACUGCGACAUUAUUCAACCGUCAGUUGGUGAUUUAUGGUGGAUCGGAUGCUCGCGAAUGUUUCUCCGAUGUGUGGUCGCUGCAUAUGGAUACCAUGCACUGGACACGCCAUAUAACUCGUGGGAGCAGUAUGACUGUUGGAGGUGGAAAUUCAUCCAUGUCGGUCGCUCGUCUGGCUCACUCUGCAAUUGCUGUAGGUCCAUUCCUUGUGGUUGUUGGUGGACACGAUGGUGUCAAGUACUCGAAAGAUAUCAGAGUGUUGGAUGUUCGAAGUAUGUUUUGGAUGGAUGAUACGCCACGAAAACAGCGCGUCGCUCCAUCUGGUAGAGGAUACCACUCGGCCGUUCUUAUGGAUCACCGAAUUGUUCUUUAUGGUGGAUUCAAUGGUAUUCAAGUAUUCAAUGACUUGUGGGUACUAGAUUUGGGAUUUCGGUCGUAUCUGUUAAAUCAAGAGAUGGACAAGAAUGAUAGUGUUGGAUCUAUUGCAAUUUGAAGCAAUACAACUAGAGGGUCUGAAAGGGUCUACAUAGUCGUUGUAACCUUUUUGAGAUAAUUUACUAAUAAAUGAUACUAGGCAUACUUUUUG